UUUAUCCCUAUCCGGAUGUGACGCCCGGAAGCGGGCUGACGUUAGCUUAGCGCUAGCUAACCCGGGAUGUACCGCGGACCAGCAUCGGGAAAGACACCUCUUUAAUCUGAAAACGCUUCUUAUGACGUGUUUCCGCCUCUAAUCGCCCGCUGGGGGUGCUUUUGGAUUAAAUGGGACCUCUGUGGAUUAUUCGGCCCCGCUAACAGCCGUAGGAACGAUGGGGAUUUAAGGCUAUCGAACCGUGGGGACGGCUGGACGGCACCAGGAAAAGACCGCUUUUAAACCUCAAGCUGCUUCCGUCAGUGUGACCUCAGCUUUGGACCUGCUGCGUGACAUCACACCUGCGGCAACACUUCGGCCCCCCGGGGAGACGCCCCCGGGUGAUGGGACGUGAUCUGCGGGCCGGAAGAGGACCGCGACCCGAGAGCCGCUGACUCCGCGCACCGGGAGCCGGCUCAGGCCUCGAGGCGCCCCGCUAGAGGACCGCUGUGCGGGUAGAGCCCCGCGAUGGGGACCCAGGGAGCGGGCCGGAAGAGGGUCCCGAACCCGGGCAGGCUGACCGCGGAGGACGACGCGCUGAACGUGAUCGCGCGAGAGGCGGAGGCGCGGCUGGCGACCCGGCGAGCAGCGAGAGCCGAGGCCCGAGACAUCCGGAUGAAGGAGCUGGAGAGGCAACAGAAAGAGCUGUGUCACAGCCACAAGAAGUAUUAUGGGCUGGAUAAUAAGUGGGGUCAUAUUGAACAGUGGAUGGAGGACAGCGAGCGCUACUCUCGCCCCUCACGGAGACAUGCAUCGGUCUGUACCUGCUUUUCUUCUUCUCUGAUGUCAGACGAUGAAGAGAGGAUGUCUGUGGGGAGCCGAGGGAGCCUCAGGCCCUCUGACUGCUUUCUGGGCUCCGGCUCUCGGGCCUCCUCUCGGGCCAGUUCAGCUCGUGCGAGCCCAGUGGUGGAGGAGAAACCCGACAGAGACUUCGUGGACAAAGGCUCUAGGACCGCCUCCACGCUCUCCGCCGCCACGCUGGCCUCUCUGGGCGGAGCUUCUUCUCGCAGAGGAAGCUGUGACACGUCCUUCUCUGUAGAGACGGAGGCGUCCAUCAGAGACAUGAAGGACUCUCUGGCCGAGUCAGAGGAGAAGUACCGCAAAGCGAUGGUCUCCAACGCGCAGCUCCACAACGAGAAGUCCACUCUGAUGUACGAGGUGGAGAACCUGAAGGCGGAGCUCGGCGACAUGGAGGAGCUGCUGUGGGAGUCGCGGCGGCACUGUGACGACCGGAGCAAGGAGUUUGAACGCGAGCUUCAGGCCCACCGAGUCCUUCAGGUCCAGUUUAAAGAGAUGGAAGAAGCUCUGAGACGGACCGACGAGAUGCUGACGGAGGUGUCUGCCCUCCGGUUGAAGAGCAGUAGUUAUUGUCAGGAGGUGUCUGACCUGAAGGAGGUUCUUGAGUGGAAAGAGAAGAAGAUGGCGGCAUUAGAGAGGCAGAGAGAAACCUCCGACAUGGUUCGGAUUGAGCGUGACCACCUCAGAGUCGAUGUCAUCGGCCUCAGAGACUUACUGAAGAAACACGGAGUCGUCGUCCCUCCCGAGAACUCCACCAAUGGGGAGAGGGGACAGGGCCAGGGCGUCGAUGAGGUCACCGCUGACUCCGCCCCCCUCGAGGAGGCGCCACGCGGCGGCAGAGAGAGCGCGCUCGAACUCCGGCUGCAGAAGCUGUUUGAAGAAAGGGAGACUUUACGGGAUCAGGUGAGACAGCUGACGUCUCAGCUGGACCGGAGACAGAAGAAUGGGACGGACAAAGUCCAGAAUUCAGAGGGGGACCAUUUGGAGAUUGACUCUCAUCUUCUGGACGUACAGAGAGACGCCAACAGACAAAUCAGUGACCUGAAGUUCAAGCUGGUCAAAUCUGAACAGGAAGUCACCACCCUGGAGCAGAAUGUGAUCCGCCUGGAGGGUCAGGUGACCCGAUACAAGUCGGCUUCAGAAAACGCAGAGAAGAUCGAAGACGAGUUGAAGGCGGAUAAGAGGAAGCUUCAGAGAGAGCUCCGCUCGGCUCUGGACCGGAUCGACGAGCUGGAGGUGAACAACAACCACCUGUGCAAACGUCUGGAGAAGAUGAAGGCCACCCGCAGCGCCCUGCUGGCCCAGCAGUGACGAGCAGCGCUUGUUUUCCUCUGCAUGCAGCGCCGGACGGGUGGAGAUAGCUCCGUUUAAAACUAAACCUGCAGCAGACAACCUGACGUCAAGUUUGGAAUCGAUCAAUUAUUGAAUAUAAAGAUUCGUCAUCAUCGAGGCAGAAGUUCAUCUAUGGAGCAAAGGGGAAAUUCUAGCUUGUUGCCGCGGUAACGCUCUCCACACUCAGGCUUUAGUCAGUACGUCUCACUUAGAAACAACUUGAGAUGAAGAACAUCAAACCGCAUUUCAACUAUUAAAAUAUGAUAUUAGGAGGAAUGUUACGCUGCAUGAAUCUGUAUUUAAGUAAAUCCGACACUGAUUUUGUAAACUCCGCCCGCCUGGCGCUCCCAGGUGUGUUUAAACAAUCGUUUGGCUUCUCCAUUCAUCUGAAACGUUUCACUACCUCCUGAUGAACCGCCGCCAGCAGCUAUUUAUUUUUUUACUUCUGUUUAUUUCUUUCAUUCCUCAGUUUUUAAGGUUUCUUGUGGAACAUUGUUUGUUUUUUCUUCUUUGGUCUGUUUUUUUUAUCGUUGAGGUGGGCGGGGCCGGGCGGUAAGCUCCGCCCACCCGGUUUUUACGAGGUGUCUGGGUGAUGGAAGGGGGCGUGGCCGGACCGUUUCUUGUACAUAUACAUUCUGAGCUCUGAAUAUUGAACUUAAUCUCUUCAUGGCACUUGGGAUGUAAAACACCAGCUUGUAACUGUGUGAAAAUAAUUGCAGAGUGAAUGAAUGAGUGAAUGAACGUGUGAAGAGUUUGGAUCUGGCUUGGAAUCAUCAUCUAGUCUCUGGAUCCAACUCGUAACCUGAAGUAUCCCGUCGGGUUUGAAUGUAACGUCAGGAUCCAUUGUGUGUCCUAUUGAUCAGGAUGUGGGAUCGAGGUGAUGGAGGGGAAUUAAAAUCAUGACACAUCUGUUUUGUGUGAGAUGAAUAAAAUGUUGAAUAUUAGAUCACACGUUGGAGCCACAGACGGACAAAUGGCUUUAAGUAUAGAAACUUCUUUCUCCUUUAAGGAGCAUCAACAAAAGCAAAAAGAAGGAUGUUAGAACCUUGAAAUCGAGUCGUUAGCUCGGAGGCUAACGGCCGCUAUGAAGCAGGGCGGGACUUCCUGUCUCUGCCGGCGUCACCUGGGCGGACGACCAGCUUCACAUCGGCGUCGUCUCGUGGACGUUGACACCGAGACGCCAGACUGACCGAGGUGUGGACGACCGGAAGCCGCUGACUCACCUGCGGCAGGUAAAUCUGUUAAGGGCACAAAGAUGGUGGAUUGGGGGGAGGGUUCACUCCAAGUGGAAAAUGCUGCACUAAAUCUAUAA